CACUCAGAGCCGAUUUUUAUUCAUCUCAUCCAAAGAACAGUUACAUACUAAAACAAGAUGUUACUUCGACCAUUAUCCGCUUUGCUUUUCAUUCACCUCUCCAUUUUGGUAACUACUGUCUUUUCGGCCACCAACGGUGGCCAACAAACAAUCUUUCAGUAUCAAGGCCAUCCAAUCUCCCCUAACCUUUCUGUUGGAAUCGCCCAAGAAGGUACUGGAGUCUUAUCGAAGUGGGCUCGGGAAUCAAGAAGUCAAUUUUUUUCUGACAUUACCCAAAACAGAGCAAGUGAAUGGGUAAUUGUUAUGGGCAAUGAAGCCGGUGACACCGAUUCUAUGGCUGCAGCUAUCGGUUGGGCCUAUCAUCUAUCUCACGUCACCCACAAUCCUCAAAAAGCGAUUGCUUUGUUGCAAACUGUUGAAGAUGCUCUCGAUCUGCGACCAGAGAAUCAGUUGGCUCUAGAGAGGUCCCAAAUGUCCUCUAGACAUAGAGAUUUACUGACGAUCGAUGAGUUACCCAUCAAACCAUUUGAACUCUCACAUCGUCUUGCGGGCAUCGUCUUGGUGGACCACAACGUCCCCGCCCCUGGAUGGCGUCAGGCUUCACUCCUCUCAAUCAUCGAUCAUCACGUGGAUCAGAAACUGAAUCUGUCUGCAGACCCUCGGGUGUUGGAGGAAGCUGCCUCAUGUUCCUCACUUGUCGCAGACCUAAUGCUCGAAUCAGAAGCUCGCGGUGAACAUCGGGUGGUAUCGGGAGAAAAAUACGGUAUACCUACAGAUCUCGUUGACUUGAUGUUGAGGGCGAUUUUUCUUGACAGCGAUGCGCUGAGCUCUAAAAAACAUUAUGACGUCGACAAACGGGCUUCCUAUGGACUUUUCAGGUUGCGUAAAUCGUAUGCACCACCAGACGAAUAUUAUGGGAAGCAAUCAAAUGUUCGGGGCGAACUGAGUCAAGCUUCAAGACGAUACCUCUUAGACGAUAAUCAGCGGCAUAAAUGGGAGAAGCGUGAACUGAGGAAGCUAGCCACAAAUUUCUGGGCGGAGAUGAGUGAGGCUCGAGGCCAAUUACAACAGCUAGAUGUGCGUGAUUUGUUAAGGCGAGAUUGGAAAGUGAACGCUGUGAAGACCGCAACUAUCAAAUAUCCAUAUUUGACCUUAGGUUUUGCUUCGAUCCCCUGCUCCAUCCAAAAGCAGGUUGAGAGAACACCCGAACAAACCGUUCCCGAGUGGUUUGCGAUCGAACGGGCUUUCACUUCGGAAAUAGGCGCCGACGUCUCUGUGGUUCUGACUAAGUUCAAAUCGGAAAUUACCGGAAAAGCAGAAAGAGAAAUCAUGUUGGUUGUCGCACAUGGCUGGGGGAAAAGACUCACUACCCUGGCGGCGACGGAUCUUUUCUUGACUCUUUGCAAGAAUAUCGAAGAUCAUUUUGAAGGCUUGCAAGAAUGGGCACGGUCUGACAAUAAACCACUUUUACCUCGACGAAAAGGAUGGAUAAUGACUGCGAAGGGGCGUCCUAUGGGGCGCAAGGUGUUAAUGCCACUAGUACUCAAAGCGGCAUCUGAAUGGAAUUGGAAUACAACUGAGGGAGUGGUUGGUGACGACUAG